AUGACUAUCAAUCCCUGGGAAGAAGACACUCAAAUGAGCAUGCGUGAGCUCGUCACAAGGUCAAUGCAAUCAGCCGAAUAUCUUGUGGCAGAUCGUGAGAUGCGUGAAAAGGCCUCCACCCACUUCAACACCAUGCUUGAGCAACGCGAAAGUAAAGGAGGGGAUCAAGAUGACAAGGAUGCUCUCAAGCUCAUGAACCGUUUGUUUGCCACGGCUGGCAAAGCCAUGGAAUCUGAUGCCGACAAGCAACGCCUUGUUGUGCUUAAGGAUUAUGUUUCAUGUUUGAUAUCCACCUCGCUUGGUGUAGACGCUUUUCGACCCACCUGGAUUCCUGAGGAAGAGUCAAAUGAGGAUGAACAAGAGGAUGAAGAGGAUAAUAAGCCAAUGUCAUGGGCGGAUGUUGCUUCCCGCAAAGCUGAUGAUGAAUCUAACGCCGAGAAAAGGAAUGCAUGGUGUCGAUCUUACGAGGCCGGAAGAGCUGCCGAACGUCGAGAACAUGUACGAGCUCAACAAUUGGCAAGACAAUAUUACCAUCAGCAAGAUGAAGAUCCUGAAGACUGGGGCCCGUUUGAACCCAAGUUCCUUGAAGAGCUUCCAAGCGAGGUCUUUUGUAUGCCCAUGUUUUUCCCCUCCGAAGAUAGCUAUCACUCGUUUAUAUCGGCAAUCAAGUCUGCUGAAGAAUCCUUGCACAUUUGUAUCUUUUCGUUGACCGACAACACCACUGCAAGAGCUAUUGCCAAUGCCCAGCGUCGUGGAGUUGAUGUCCGGAUCAUUAGCGAUAAUGAUCAACUUGAGGCUAAGGGAUCUGAUGUUGAGCGUCUACAUGAGGAUGAAGGUAUCCCUGUCAAAUACGACACAAGUGAGCAAUUCAUGCACAACAAGUUUGCUGUCAUUGACAACCGCAUGGUCAUCACAGGCAGCUUCAACUGGUCAAUCGCUGCCCGCUACCGCAAUAACGAAAACAUCGUCAUCACCAACAUACCCUCUGUUGUUGAGGCAUAUCAAAAUGAGUUUGAACGUAUAUGGGAGAUGUAUUAA